CAACCCCUCAUUUUCACCAUCCAGAUCCAACUUCUCUCUCCUAUCUCUGUGUAAAAAUGGCGAAAUUUGUCUCCAUUCUGCUUGUUUUCUCCUUAGCUUACACUUCUGUUGUUUCUGCUGCUUCUCCUCCAACUCCAACGGAAGGUCUCUUACCAAACGGAGACUUUGAACAACCACCGAAGGCAAGCAACAUUAGAAAAAAAGUCCUGAUUGGCAAAAACGCUUUACCAAAAUGGGAGAUUAGCGGUAUUGUGGAAUACACACAGGGCGGACCUCAGCCUGACGGUAUGUACAUCCCCGUCGCACACGGCGUCCACGCCGUCAUACUCGGGAACGAAGCAAAAAUCUCCCAAACGAUACCCGUGAAAGCUGGAUCUUUGUACGCUAUAACCUUCGGAGCUUCAAGAACAUGUGCGCAGCAGCAGAUGUUAAGAGUGUCUGUGCCACCACACUCCGGGGAUCUUCCGCUCAAGACUUUGUACUGUGCUGACGGUGGCGAUGUGUAUGCGUAUGGUUUCAGGGCUAAUUCAAGCAGCGUGAGGUUAACCUUCCACAACCCUGGUGUAGAAGAAGAUCCCAAAUGUGGCCCAAUCAUUGAUGCAGUCGCCAUUAAGGAACUCCACCCUCCUAGACUUACUUCACAUAACUUGGUGAAAAAUGGUGGAUUCGAGGAAGGUCCACGUCUAUUAGUAAACUCCUCCAAUGGCGUCCUUCUCCCUCCUCAACAACAAGACCACACAUCUCCUCUCCCCGGGUGGAUCAUCGAGUCUCUUAAAGCUGUUAAAUUCAUCGACUCCAAGCAUUACAACGUCCCACAUGGCGACUCAGCCGUUGAGCUGUUGGCUGGGAGAGAAAGCGCCGUCACACAAAUCCUCAGAACAGUACCUAACAAAUUCUACACCCUUUCAUUCGCCAUUGGAGAUUCCAAGGACUGGUGUCUUGGAGACAUGAUUGUUGAAGCAUUUGCUGCGAAAGAGAAGCUGAAAGUACCAUUUAAAUCGGAAGGGAAGGGAGAGUGGAAGAUGGUUAGCAUGAAGUUUAAGGCGACAUCUUCAAGAACCCGAGUGAGCUUUCACAGCUCAUAUUACCACACUAGGGCUGACGACACUGUGUCCCUUUGUGGUCCAGUGAUUGAUGAAGUUCGGGUGUUGUCGGUUCGCGCCUAGAGGUAAAUUUGGUCUGUUUUAGUUCGGUGUUUGUAAAUCAGACAUUCCAUGAUAUUGGGUGACAUUGAUUGAAAUGCAUCAUGUGACCACAAUAUUGUCAACUGUAAUUUGGUUAAAUAAAAAAAGAUGAAUUGCAAAGGAAGUCUAAAAGCUGGCUGCA